AUGGACGCCCAGAGCUGCUCGGAGGCGGCCAGGAACGACCACGUGGGCAUCGUGAACCGCAAGGCGGUCCUGAUCGACCCCGCCAAGUUCGAGGAGCGCGCCAGCAACCUCUUCCAACAGGACGCGGACCGACGACACGAAGCGAUCGAUCAGGCCCGACAAAGCGCGCGCUCAGGCUCAGGCUCUGCAAAGGAAGUCUUGAAGGUGCAGCUCUGGAAUCCGAUCAGCAAGCGGCUGGUGCUCAGCGGUGUCAAGGCCAGCGAAGGCACAGUGCUGGGGCCCAACGAGAGGCUCGAAAAGCUUGUUGAGCACUGGCAACCUGUUUUCCAAGGCAAGCACGUAGACCUCGGGGCUGCGUCUGCCUACCUGAGAGGGGUUAUCCACCAACGGAAUGUCGGGUACAAUACCCUGGAGUUGGACGUGGAGAGCCGCAUCGUGUCAGCGGACCCGACGCGUGGGAUCAUCAGCGAGAUGGGGAAGAAUAGCUGCAUCUUCAAGUGCGCGGGCUGCGACGAAAGCCUCGUGCACUACCCCCAGUGCGAGCGCCUUGCUUGGGCGAUUGCUCGAGCCUCAGGCGCCGGAGUCCCUUCCAGCCCGCUGGCGAGGCUGGGCAUCACCGACACGUCGACGAGGUGCCCCUCGCGGCGUCGCCGCGCCCCGGCUGCGAUGGAGAGGCCCGUGGCGUCGGAGCCCGCGGCGUCCACGGCGCUGGCCAUGUCCACGAACUCGCAGCAGCUGCGGCCCGCGCCGCGCGCCGGGAACAGCUCCGCCCUCCUGCCUGCCGGACUGGGGAUUUCGCCUGCGGCCACGAAGUCGAAGGCGGCGCACGAGAGCGCCAUCCUCAGCGCGGUGAAGCAGCAGAUGGACGCGCUCGAGGACCGGCUGUGCAGCCAGAUCGUGCGGGCUCAGCAGCAGGGAGACCGCGUCCGCGACGCCGCGUUCUCCCGCGUGGAGUCCAAGGUGGCCACCACCGAGGCCGCGCAGCCGCGGGUGGACCGCCGCCUCGCGGAGCUCAACGGGAAUUACAAG